AUGGAACAAGCACAUCAGAUAGCGUCGCAGAAGGCAUCUAAAGCAUCCACAAAGGGUAAACGUCAAUUUGACAAGAAAGCUAGAGCGGUAUGACCGAGUUUUGGUCCGAACCUGAGAGAGACGGGAGGCCCAGGAAAAAUAAGAGCAUACUGGGAAAAAGACAUCUAUAUUGUGACACAACAGAAAGGUACAAACGUUCCAGUCUAUGAAGUCAAACGAGAAUCGGGACUUGGAACACCGCGGGUACUGCAUCGUAAUUUGCUGCUUCCAUGUCCAUAUCUCUGUGAUGAAAGUGAAAAUGAUCAGGACCGAGAAGUAAAGAAAACUAUGCAACGUGAUCGUUGAACAAAGCGACCAGAAAAUGAAGGAGGCAGAAAUGGCCCGUGCCUAGAGUCGGAGGGAGACGAGGAAGAACUAACGUUCGCCGGUCCCAGCAGCGUUGAGGAAUGAAAAUCCAAUUCUUCGUGAGAACGAGUCUGAAGAACAAAAUGUGGAUAAUGUGCAAGAGGUUGACUUACUAGAUGACAACAAUGUUGACGGUAACCAAGGCAUUGACGCACCUCCUGAUGAUAACCGAGAGCAGACAGAAGUACCAGUCCAACAAACUGAGAGACCCCAGCGCUUAAGGCGGCCACCGGAACGGCUAGAAUACUAUGAACCGGGACAACCUGGCUAUGUUCAACCUAUCGCUGUAUGUACAAUGUGCGCACAACGUUGUCAAUCGCAGUUGCCCUAUGCACCAGUAACUUGUUGGCCUCUACCAAGCGACCGUAAAUAA